CUCACUCCCAGGCUCCGGCAUCGUGGUGGUUGUUUGGGGGGUGGGGGGAGGAGAGAGAGACCCUUGUCGUCCAAUCCCUCCGCGCUUAUCCAACUAUAGCUCUAUUUUCAAGCCCCCCCCCCCCGCCAGCUCCGAUCUCUCUUCCUCUCCCGGCGUGCCUGAUUCAAGGCAGCCGAAAGGCGCGCUGGGUCCUCUGCGCGUCUUUGCCAUGCGUCUCCUCUGGAGCUGAAACGCACCGGAGGGCUGCGGAGCCCCCGCUCGCCUACGACGAGGAGCGCGCGCGUCCCGCCCGACCGCCCACCCUUCCUGCUCUCUCGUGGCGGCGUUGCAAGCCAGCCUCGACGCCUCUCCCCCCCCCCCCCCAGCCCCCCGAAAGCAAAAAAGGAAAAAAAGGGGGGAAAGCCCCCUUCCAAAAGCUGCGUCCUCCUGCCUUUCCAAAUUGCAAAAAGAGGCUGCAGCAAACACCCAACACCACCAUUAUUACCACCGCCGUCGUCGCCACCUCCUCCUCCUCCCUUUCUCCUUUUGGCAGCACCAGGACGUCCGGUGUGGUGCUUCUGCUGCUGCUGCUGCUGGGGGCAGCGCGCACGCGAGCUCGCCUUCGGCGCCUGCCGCUUUCUUCCGAGGUGCCUGGCCGGGCGGGCGAGCGCGGAGGCGACGAGAGCGCGGCUGCAGCCCGAGCGAGGAGCCACGAUGAGCGCGCGAGGCGAAGGAGCCGGUCAGCCCUCGACUUCGGGAAGCGCCGCCGCCGCUGCCGCCGCUUCCGAGGAGCAACCUGCCACCUCGGAGCCCCCGAAGAGGGGUCGCGGCAGACCCAGGAAGCAACCCCAAGAACCAAUGGGAGAGCCAUCUCCUAAAAGACCAAGAGGAAGACCUAAAGGAAGCAAAAACAAGAGUCCCUCUAAAGCAGCGCAAAAGAAAGCAGAAGCUACUGGAGAAAAACGACCAAGAGGCCGACCCAGGAAAUGGGAAGCUGCCUUAUACCGAGUCAAGACCACUGGUCCAUCUAGCUCAGUAUUGUCUACAGUCACUGACGGGCAGCGUCUUUGCCGGGUUUCAGACAGGGGUGUUUCCCAGCCCUACCUGGAGAUGCCGGGGACCUUUUGCAUGCAAACCACAACAGGUGACCCAGAAGAAGCCAGCUCGGGAACAGACUGAAGAGACAUCCUCACAAGAAUCUGCAGAAGAUGAUUAGAAGACCACACAUUGCAAUUUCUACCUCAUCAGCAGUUGGGUCUUUUGAAGGGAGAAGACACUGCCGUGACCACUUGCUUCUGUUGCCACAACCUUUCCACUUUGGCCUGAGGGGGGACGGGGAGGGGGGGAAAUCACAUAACCUUAAAAAGGACUUAUUAAUCACCUUUGUUGUAAUCCCUUCACUGCCCCGGUUUUAGUGAAACUGCUGUAACACAGGGGGACACAGAUUAAUGACGCAACAUUUAAUUACUGUUUUCUCUUUUAUUUUGCUUUAACCUACUAAUAGUUUGUUUGAGCUGCUAAGAAAGGGUGAAUGGGUCAGUAAAUCUAUGAACCGGGUUUUAAGUCAUUCACUGCACUGCAUAUAAAUAAGACUUUUGUAAAAUAUUAAUUAUAAUGGGCAUUCAAAUAAGAAGGCCUUGGUGUCUGACACCAGUCCUUACAACACCUCUGACAACCCACUCCCCUAGCUUAGUAAUUUCCCUGUUUAGAACACCAAAGAUAAGGAUUAGAUACUACUCUUUUUAUAGCCUUGUUCUAGAUUUGUGCUUGAUUGAUUUUUUAUUUUUAACAUUACUGGUAUUUCAAGAUACGUUGAUGGCUGAUAUUUUUUCACUUAAUUCAGCUGAUAUUCAGGAAAGAAAGCCACAAGAAAAAAGGUACUUUUACUUUGCGAAAGGGAAAAAACCCGACAAAGAUACGUUGUAUAUUCACUAAUACACAUAUAUCUGCAGUAGUAGUACUAAACAGAACUCAACAGCACACCUCUGUGGGAACACAUUGACGUCUCUUCAGGUAGACUAUGCUUUCUGGGAAGCCUCUGUUGCUUACAGACGGUUGACAGCAGACCCUCUCUCACAGCAGACAUUUAACAGCUAAAAUUUGAAUUUAAAACAAUACCUCAGAAUUGUUCUGAAUCAUGGUCAUAAACUGGAACUGAGGGCAAAGAGUCAAAUUCUUCGUUUGACUUAACUCACUACUGUCAGUCCCGUUCUAUUGUCUCUAAACAAAUGGAUCUCUGUUCUUAAAUCACACAUCUCAAUGCAAGAGCCAACACCGUGUACCUCAAGUGAGCUUGUUAUUACUUUUCAGCAAUAUACCUUGACAUAGGAUGGUUUGCUGGGCAGCUUUAACCCAGUUAUAUGUCUCCACCUUUUUCACUCAAAGCAGCACUUUUUAGCCACAAAUGCAAUAUUACCCCACUUUUCAAUACUACCUCUGAUACGUACCAUUAACUCAACAGUCAUAUAAACAUUUGCUGCUAUAAUCAUGCAAUGCAGAUUAUUAUUAUUGGGUAGGUAAACAUUAAUUUCUGCAUUUCUCCCUUAUUUCUACUUUUGUCACCUAAUUUCAGCCAAGGAGACAAUACUUUUAGUGUUUUUCAGCAUAACCAUAUAAUUUCCCCCCUUUUUAUGCCUUUACUCUGCUAAAUUUCUAUGUAAUGUACCAUUAACUUGAAUAUAUUUUUGUACCGAAUUGCUCAUAAGGUUUGUAAGGAUAAUUUUCUUCAAUAACACUACAUGACAGGAAAAAAAUAAUAAUUAACCGCAAUGUUUAAAUAUUACUGUCCAAGUUUGUACCUCAAAUAAUUUUUUUAAGGAAAUGGACUAGUUGAUUGACAAAGACCUACCUCCAGACUAUAAAUGGAAUGAACUUGUUGUUUCUUUCAGCAUUAGUUUUUGGGAAGAUUGAAACAUUUAGGACUGCAACAAAUCCCUGAUCAAAACUAUUUUUUUGUAAACGAACUUUGUGGGAAAUGAAUGCAUUAAUUACUUUCCUAUUAAAAACAACCCUUCAAAGAAACUUGAAUCUUUGUAGGUGGGAGGCAACAAGCUCAGCUUUUUGCAUAAUGCAAUCACGAAUAUGUGCGUGUGUUUUAAAAAACUAGUAGAUUGUAUGCGAAUACUUUUCAAGUAUUUUCCAUGUAUUUUUCACAAAUGUGAUUUUUUAAAAAAAAUAUGUGUCAACCAGAUUUAUUUUAAAUGCUUCUUAUGUAGAGUUUGUUUAAUACAUACUUCUUUCUCUUUCUCCUUAUCCCUUUCUACGUCUCUCACACAGCCGAUAUAUCUGCUUGUUAACACGGUUUUACUAUUUGGGCCAGGGGUAGUUUCUCAGGAAGGCUUUCUUCAGUAUGACUCAAGUACUUAGCCAAAUGCAACUAAGGAAAACUACUUCCUGGCUGCCUCACAAUAGAGAACAUUAAGACACAAGUGCCUCACUAAGGAACAAGAGUACAUCUUGCUGUGGAUCACCAAGAAUGGAAUUAGCGGCAGGGUAGGGGUGGAAUUGGCAUCCUUGCGUUACCAAACUGCCUUAUGGGCCCUAGUCAUGUCUAUUCAAGCUGUUGCCCGGGAUCAAAAGCACAGUGACUGUGCAUGGAGGCAUUUUAGCCCCCUGAAAAGCCCUUCGCCUUUUCCAAAAAUAUUGCAAGGUGCUCUGGAGCAGCACCCCAUGAGGCACAGUGGGUUACUGUUUGAAGAAAUUACCUAAUUAAUAGGGACACUGGGGCAGGACUUGAUAACAUGCUAUAUUACCUCUGUCAUGGAGUUUUCAGAUGCACACAGGCCACACUCCAAAACUCUUGUAAGUGUCCAAGGUGCACACGUAUACCAUUCAGGAGGGGAGAAUUUCUCUUCAGUUUUAGAGAGUGUUCUGAACACAAAAACGGGAAAUCCCCAUGGAGAAAUGCAUUUGAGAGACUCGUUGAAGGGAAUUAGGUAGCCCUUGGCAGCGUGGUAUAUUCCCUGUUCUGGGGCAUCUGGAUUGGUGUAACAGCAUGAGACGAAACAAAUGUUAUCAGUAUAUGUGGGUCAGAUAUCAAACUCCAAGGGACUUUACAGCUCUGAUGAAAUUAAAUCUUAUAUUUUCUGUAAUAUUGUAGAACAAUCAAAAUACAUUACUACCUCUCAGGGUCUUCUAUACCUCAUUUUUCAGACUGAAAAAAAAACUGCUUGUGACCACUGAAACAGAAAGAUCAUCAUAAAAAUUUAUAUAUAUAUAGUUUAUUUUUGUGGGAGAUAAAUUUUAUAGGACUGUUCUUUGCUGUCAUUGGUCACAGCUAAAUAAGACUGGACAUUAACCUUUCUGCCGUUUCUGCAAGAGGGAUGUGCUUGCAGAAGAAAAGUAUCAAGAUGUAUAACUACAGUUUACUUUUUCCUGUUUUCCUUGCCUGUCUCCUAACUCUUCGCUUUGUUAUUCAUAUAGAGUUUCUGACUACGACUGUACUUUGAAUUGCUUGCUUGUUGAACAUGUUCUUUUAAUGGAUUAUCACCGUCUGUUCAGCACAAUAAACAUAAUAGCCGCUGUAA